AUGGCGGCUCAUCUUGGCCGAUGGUCCUGGGCUGCUUUUCGCACCGGGAGAUUGCACCAACUUCAGCCCACUCCAGGGCUUGCUGAGAUUGCUUUGUGGUGCAGUCCAAUCUUGGUGGAUGUGGCUCGAAAGCUGGCCAUGGGAGCUCAGCUGCAGACAGAGCAAAGAUCCUACAACGAACAAGUGACCGGAGUGCUCUCGCAUUACUGCGACUACCUUCGACCGCGUGAGUUCAGUGUUCGACUGGACGUCAAAAUGAAGAGGGGUGUCAUCGGCAGCUAUUCCUUGACCUGGGCGAUGCGGGCACAGGCUCCGGCAGACCAUGGCACCGCUGACAUCUCAACCAUGCACUUCAUGGUGCUGCAUCCGGAGGAGGAGAGCCAGCUGAGGAUCGACAAGGAGGAAUACGCUGAUCUCCGAUGGUAUGCCAAAGAGGAUGUCCUGACCGGUCAUUUCCAUCCUGUGCUGAAGCAGGCGAUUCGGGACCUGCAAGUGCACUGGGUGCUGAAGCGAUUGGAGGAGGCAGUGGACACAGAAAUCGAAGAGUCGGAGAUCCUCGCGUUGACUCGAGAAUAUGUGGCUGCUGUCAAGGCUUCAGAUUUGACAGGCAAGGGCGCGAUCCGCGUCGACUUUGACGAGCGGACGCGGACCUACGCCGUCGCAUGCCUGCAUGAUGAAUGA